AUGCCAGCCAGUGAUUUGAAACUUCGGAAAUCUUGGACUAUUGUAUCCUUAAUAAUCACGUCUCUUGUGGUGCUAUCUAUUUACAACUUGUCAUCGGCAACAAUAUCGCCAACAAUUGUCCCCGCUUACCCAUCGUCAAAAGGUUACACCGAAGGUGCGGGACUGCUACUGGAAAAAGAAUCCUCAGAAAAAAAAACACCAGAUUCUACACCGUACUCUAAACAGAAUUAUAUCGAAAAUCUGACCGGAUUGAAGAAGAUUACAUACACAUUGAAACAAGCCGAGAAUGAAAAGGUAUCAUCUAGUCAGAAACCCACGGUGUUGAUUGUAUCAUCCGUUGGAAAGGAUGAGCCAUAUGGCCCAGGCCGUUCCUUUGAACUGUUCAUGGACACUAUACUCACCUUGAUUGAUAAUACUGACUCAAAAUACCAGUUCUCCCUUGGUCUCCAAAACAACCAUUUGGCAGAAUUCAACAAGAUUGAAUCACACAUUGCCGCAAAGUUGGAAAGCCUUGCAACAAAGUUUCACAAGAUCACUUUGAGCUCAGCACCGCAACUAGAAGGAGAAGGGGUCUCUCGGAACGACCGCCAUAACGAUGCCAUGCAAAGAACCCGUCGUCGUUUGAUUGCAAGAAGUAGAAACUUUCUCAUAUCUCAAGCACUUGCGGAUGAGCAAUACAUUAUCACCUUGGACUCGGACAUUAUAGGCUUUGAACAAGGGCCUAAGAUGCUUGAAAUCAUGAUCAACUCCAACCGUGACAUCAUUGUUCCACGGGUUACGCGAGGAGGCAUCUCGGAUUACGAUAGAAACUCGUGGCGUGGUAAGAGAACUAAACCACUGCAAGAAGAACUUGACUUGAUGGAUGCUAAUAAAUGGGGUGAAUUCCGAUAUGUUCCAAGAGAUGUUCAAGGAGAAAUCUAUCAUUUUUACAUGCACGUUGAUUCCCAAUUGACAGAUGAACAGAAACAACUCAAUUAUGCUGUGCCGUUAGACUCGGUUGGUGGAGCAGUGUUGUUUUUCAAAUCGAUUGUGUUCAAACAAGGUGCCAAUUUCCCAACAAGCUAUAUCAUUGGAACAACAUGGGACCGCUCGGAAGGAUAUGAUGGGAUCGAAACCGAAGGAUUAUGCUAUUUGGCAAAGCCGUUGGGAUAUUCAUGUUGGGGUAUGCCCAAUCUCGUUGCUUACCAUAUACCUUAG